AUGCACUUCUUAAGCAUCAUCACUACAUUACUUCUUUUACAUUUAAAAUUUGACAUUACUGCGACCAAUAUUCUGGACGAUUAUACGAUUUGUAAGGCCGACGGUUUCAGUCGUGCUUCACUGUUAUGUGAUGUUGACGAUACGCUGGCUUUUCACACCCAGCAGAAGAUUAUCUCGUUGCUUAAUGACCUUCAGCGAAAGGUUAAAUGUAACUGCGAAAGUGGAUGCGAGCGUCCAGAUGGAAACAACAGGUAUAUCGGUGUUCUUCUCGUUACAAAUUCAACGAAAGUUGCUGAUAGCGAUGAGCCAUUAAAUGAAAUAGCCAAGAAGAUUUUCUAUGACGCACAGUUAGGCAAUGCACAUUGCGACAAUGGAUUUCUUAUUAUCUAUAUAAAGGACAAAAAGCAGUUAGUGACAUAUCACGGUGGCGAUUCUUAUAUUUUUCUGGACACGAAAGAUCUAGUAACACUGCACAGCCUGGCUAUCAAAAACAAGCCGUCGGAUGAUGCUCUCGCAUUGCAGUACUUUUUAUCGAAUUAUAACGAUGUACGGAAAGCGGAAAGAGCUGAAAUCUGGACGCCUAUUAUUGGACUCUUUUUGGCUAUUAUCAUUGUACUCGUAAUCCUAGCAAUAUUGUUAACCUUGUUCUUGGCUCGAUUUUGUUGUUGCUGUGCAAAACGUAUAAAGGAUGAAGAUGAAAUAUACCAAACAGGUACGAUGGGAGGAUCUAGAAAAAUAUUGAUUGCAACUCCUACGCUUGAACGAAUUUAUGGAUCGCCAGGAGAUGCUAUUUACAGCACUCCAUAUUGUGGGACUCCACUCCCACCGCCCCAUUUGCCUGUUUUUAAAGCAGAGAUAUACCCCGGGUCACUGCGAAGCUCAUCUCAGACCGCUACACCAGCAUCGGUCAAAAAACAUCGGAUACGACCACUGUAUUCUCCUGCUUCACGCGGUAUAUCUCCCAGUGAUACACUGACUAUAAGUCGAUUGCAGAACAGCAAGGUCGACGACUCAACUCAGACAAAUGGUAAUUCGUCAUUAGAAGAUAUAUUAGAAGUGAAACGACUGGAACCUCCAAUUCAAGGAAGUACUUCGGUGAAGUCAGGUGGUAACAUAUUGUUACCGCGAAUAGCUGAAACUUCCAGUGGCCAACGCUCUACUGGUUGUACGGAAUCAGAUUUAUCGUUCUUGGAUCCAAAACGGCAACAAGAAGUACAAACACGUACUGAUUUUAUUUACUAA